AUGGGUUCUCGUAAAGUCGAUCGUUUAGGAUUUUAUUUCGGAAACCCAAUAAAUGAAACAUAUUGCACUCAUAAAAAUCAUAGCAGCCUUAUCUCAGAAACUAUACCAAACAAUUCUACGACAACCAAUAAUCAUGAUAGCGAAGGAAGUCAUGGUACUGUUAUUCUCUUUCUAUCGUAUUCCGUUUUAGCAGCGUGCACUUAUGAAAUCAUCGUAUGUAAACUCUUGAAAAACCGCUUACCCAUUCCAUUUACAGUUGUUGUACUUAUCUUGGGACUUGUUAUCGGUGUCAUUGCACAUCAUAUCAAAGGCAAUCCGAACGAAUUUCUAGCUGGUGAAAUCGAACUGAGUGAAAUUAAUCCUCAUUUGCUCUUUUAUAUCUUUUUACCGGCACUUAUAUUCCAUUCAGCAUUUAAUUGUCAUUUUCAUAUUGUGAAACAACAGCUCCUGUCCGCUACUAGCCGGUCCCGGUGUCUCGAAGGUUUUCUAUUUGGGAGCACGUUGAGUGCAAAUGAUGCAAUUGCAGUAAUUCCACUAUUACAAGAUUCAGAUGCAAGCAAGUUAUUGACUUCGUUAGUCGAGUCAGAAUCGAUAUUGAGCGACGGUUCAACAUUCGUUGCCUUUUUAACUUUUAAAAAUAUUGUUGUCGGUGGUGAUCAUAGUGCGAAAAUUAUCAUAAUAGAUAUUAUCAAAUAUAGUAUUGGUGGACCUGCUUUCGGAUUUGCUUGUGGUAUUAUUUGUGUAUUUAUUUUAAAUAGAAUUUAUAACAAACUCAACGUGGAAAUUACAAUUACAUUCGGAGUUGCCUAUCUAAUCUUCUAUGUCGCUGAUGUUGGACUUGGCAUUUCUGGCGCUCUUGCCUUAGGUGCAAUGGGUUUGUAUAUGGCAAAAUACAAAUAUUGUAUUAGCAGCAAAGUGCAACUUCCGUUGGCUAGUGCUUGGCGAAUGGUUAUUUAUAUAAUUAAUAUCUUAAUAUUCACGAUUACUGGUAUUAUUUUAGCUAAAUCGUUUCUCGGCACAAUUGCAACUAUUUCUGGUCGAGAUUUUGGAUUCUCCAUUGUCUUAUAUCUUGUAAUUCUCAUCGCACGAGCUUUGACUAUUGCUAUUCUCUAUCCAUUGAUGCGACGUACCGGUGUACAUCUAUCGUGGAAAGAUUGUAUCAUUCUUAUAUGGAGUAAUCUUCGAGGAAGUAUGGCACUUAUUCUAGUUCUCAUUGUGUUCUUGGAUUCAAGAAUCGAUCUUCAAACACGUGAUCGUUUUCUAUUUCAUGCAUCAAUCAUCGUACUUCUCACACUGGUUGUCAAUGGAACAAGUAGCAAGUUUCUUGUGAGAAUUUUAGGCUUGAAUCGCGGUAAGAAAGGAAGUCAAAUUAUUUUAGUACAAGCGCUUGAGCAUAUGCGCCGACAGACUUUACAACAACUGGCCAGUAUGAAACAGGAUGAAAAAUUUGCUGAUGUUGAUUGGAAAAUGCUCAGUGAUUAUCUACCGGAUAAACUUUUGGAAGAACUGGAUCAAGAACAGAACACUACUAUUCGGCGAGAUCUAUCAUGUCAUAGUAAUCUAAAUUUUCUAGUGCAAAACGAAGAAAUUUCUCGAGCACAAACGACAACGAUGGAAGGGAAUUUGAAACGUGUACCGACAAUUUAUCAACUAAAUUCUAUGCCGACCAGUUCAUUAGAAAAACCGAACAUCCUUCCUCUACGAUGUACGUGGUUUCAACCAAAAGAAGUUCUCGUACAAAGUAAUCAAACUAUCGGCAAUGCCUUUUUGAUUAUUCGAGGUAUUGUUGAAUGUGAUGACGAUCCGAUUCCUACUUGUUACAAAUCGGGUGCUAUGAUUGGCAUCGAUUCAGUAUUCUUUGAACACAUGUCGGCUCGUCGUACGUACAAAGCUGGAAGUGGACUUGUUGAAGCAUAUGCUAUCGAUAGGGAUCUAUUGAGCACAUUAUUAAACGAUGAUAAUUUAUCGCGAUCGAUUUACGAUGAAAUCGCACUUCAUGCACUCAUCAACAAUUAUCAGACAAGAUUACAGUUAACUCAUGCACAGUUACAAUUGGUUUUGAGUGAAAUUGCGAGCUUUUACAAGAAUGAAUCGGACUUAGAAGUUCAUUUAAAAGCAACUGAUAGAUUGUUCCUACUUUCUGGAACACUUGUUUGUCAUUCGGAUAAUAAGGAAACUACUAUAAAUUCGAUUGAAUUCCUCUCACUCACGUCAUCAACGAUGUACAAACUAAAUUCGUCUGGUAUAGUUUAUACAUGGACACGCGACGAUGAAAUGUAUUCUCCCGAUGUCAAACUCUCGAAACUUGAUGUUCCAGUACAUCACACUGAAUCAAUAUCUGUUCAACCCUUCUAUCCGAACUUUUUGGGCGAUACAGUUGGACAAUUCAUAUCACGACAUCAUUCGUCGCUAGUGACACGUCCUGUGAGCAAGUCUAAUUUGCUUCAAUUUAUACCCACGGAAAUUGCAGUGAAUGUCGAUAAUAUUGAAAUGUUUUAA